UUACAUGGUGUGGUGGAAGAUGAAUUCGUUCAUAUUUUUCAUAAGAGAGGUUUGAUUGUUUGAAGAUAUUUGCUUCUGCUCCACCCGAACGCAGCCCCGUGUGGCUAACGCGUACAAACGGUCGAGCGUAAUGGAUAAAAUCUCUCGUCUUCGGAAAACGGGUCCUCCACAAACGGCUUCUCGCUCUCUACACUUCGUCCAUAGAGGCGAGCACCUGUCAUGGCCAUGGCUUCUCUUUCCCUUGGAUGCCCCAAUUGCAACAUUUUGCGCGAAAGGGGAGCGAUUUCUUCUCUGGGUACUUCGGCUCUUCAACUUUCGCAAUCCAGGGCCAGAUAUAUUGAAGUUUUCGUGCAAGGAAUAUUUAUAACUCAAAGGUCAUAUACAAAGGAAACUUCUCCUUUUCCAAGGAAAGGAUCCAGCAGCAAGAUAUCAAAACAAGUGAUGCUCACAAUCCCCAAAUGCAGCAGUUCCUCAAAUUCUAAUAGCACUAAGGAUGAUUCCGCUGAACUGAGCAAGGCGUCUUUUGGAUACACAAGGAAAGAUGUUCUGUUGAUUGGCCUUGGAGUUGCAGUUGUUGGUGUAGUUCUGAAAAGUGGAUUGGAGUUCCUCGGGGUUGAUCCUUUACAAGCAGGGAAUGCUGUUCAGCUGAUCAUUGUCUUGGGUCUAAUGGUUGGGUGGAUAUCUACAUACAUUUUCAGAGUCUCAAACAAGGAAAUGACAUACGCUCAACAAUUGCGUGACUAUGAGAACAAAGUCAUGCAGAAGCGGUUGGACAGCUUAACUGAAGCUGAGCUAGAAGCAUUACUUGAGCAAGUUGAGGAAGAGAAGAGGCGCUUUGCUAGCCGGAAACGGUUUAAUUGAUGGUCACCUGCUCUCUUAUCAUUUACAGCAGGUAGAGAAGUGGUCAUGUAAUCAGUUUCAGCAGAGCAUCUAGCAAUGGUCAGAAGGGGUUAUUCAUAGCCACCCUUUGAAGUGGACCUGCUGUGGAAAGUAUAUAACUGUGUGAUGGUGAUUCUCAAGUUCUCAUACCGCACUUGUCCUACACUCAGCAAUAACCUUGUGAAGGCAAAAUGAUGUAAAUCUGUUCUAUAGAUAUAAUAUUUUUUUAUUAGGUGUAAUAUCAAAUUAUUACUGAGCACAAAAGUUAUGAUGAGGUUCUACAUGUUUGAAAUUAGAAUAAAAUAAAUAAUUAAUGGAAUACAAAAGAAAGUAUUCACAAUUCUCCAUUA